AAACCAAAAUAUAUUUAAUUCUCAAAUUUUUUAAAAUGCAAAAUUUACCUUUACUAAUUAAAAAUCCUCUAUUAUUAAAUAAUCCAAAAUUAUUCGUUUCAGAAUGUUGCUUUAAUUCGUUGGCAAUAAAACUUACAGCAUCCAGUAUUAAUUUAAAUAUAUAUGAAGAAAAAGUUGUUGGUGAAACAGAGUUAAAACUGGUCGAUUCUAGAUUUAUUUUGGUGAAUACACAAACGAUUUUAUCUUAUUUGGUGGAUAAAUAUGCACCUAACAACAGCAUUUAUCCAAAGGAUCUUUAUAAAAGAGCCAUGAUUAAUCAAAUAUUGUUUUUUGAUAAUGGAACCCUUGGGAAUAAAAUUCAAACAAUUUUGCAUCAAAAAAUUAGUGAAGAAAAUGUCCAUUCGUUAGAAGAAUCUUAUAAAACUAUUGAGCAAUUAUUAGUCGAAACAGAAUAUAUUUCUGGAGAGCAUCUUACCAUAGCCGACUUUUGUAUUGUUUCUUCUUUAAUAGUUGCAUUUAUUUUGGCACCACCAAAUUUUCAAAAUUAUCCCAAAACUGAAGCCUGGUUUAAAAAAAUCAAGUCUCAUCCUGCUUGUGUUAAACACCAAGGAGAUAUCGAUAACAUUGAAAAAUGCUUGAAAGAGAGAAAAAAUAGUGAAUAAAAAUAAAUUAAGUAGUUUAUUUGAAAAUUAGGUCGUUUAAUGGGGGGUGGCAAUUUAUAUUAAAUAAAACAAAUUACA